UCGAUCUCAAAAUAAAUAUAUAAAUCAUAUAUCAAUGAAUCAAACCAAAAUCAAAGUCAAAGAUCUCAGCACUCUAUAACGCUGAUACUAUCAUAAAGUCAUUUGCUACCGCUGUUGCCGUCCGGCAUAGGGACUACCUUAUGUAUCUUUGGCAGCUCAAUCCAUCCCGCCACUUGACAGCGACAACGACGACGACAACACCAACUAUCAACUACAGUCAACUUCGGCCGCGCGCACGCCCACCUAUAUACAUAUAUACAGCUAUAGGACCUGCGCUCUAAACUGCACGCCCGGCUGAGAAAAUGACUGUAGCUCAGUCCUUUUUCUACAAAUAGCUGGCAGGUCAGCCAUGCGCGCCGGUCUUCCGGGUUUGGCAACCAGCUAUUUAGCUGAUGUUAAAUAAUCAACUAAAUAAAUACACCUCCUUACACACAGCAUAGCCAGACAAGACAAGACACAGCCAGGAGCCAUGUCUCUGCGAGUUCUCUGUCGAGACCGCCCUGAUCGCUCGCUGGCAUUGAUCUCAGACGGCCAUGCGCUGAUCCUCCACCACGUCCCCGUCACUGAGUCGGCUUCAACCAAUUCAUACUCCAACGUUAGCCCGCCGAAAUGCCAUAUUGAAUUUGCCGGUCUUGAUGCGUUGGAUCUGUUGGGGUACAGAAACCUAGGUCGCGCACACGGGACGCUUGGAUUAAUCGCACUGAACAGCGAUAUCUUUCUAUGUACAAUAUCCCAUGCGUCGCAAGCAGCCACAGUGCGCCCUGGAGAGACAGUCCAGAGGAUUAUUAACGUGGAAUUUUACUGCUUGAACCGUUCGGAUUACGACAACGAUCUGGACUAUGAAUCCAGAUCAACUUUUGCAUAUCCCGCUGGUGACGACGACUACGGAAAUGGCUAUGAAGGCCGCGAGACUAUCACUGAAAAUCCGUUCCUCCCUCUCAAGAAGCUCCUUGGUGAUGGCAGUUUCUACUACAGUGUUGACUUCAAUCUCACUGACCGUCUUCAAGAUAGAGUUGAAGAAACUGCCUCGUUUGAUGUGGAUAGCCUCGAUAGGAACUUCUUAUGGAACUCCUAUAUGAUCGAGCCCUUUUUGCUAUUUCGAAGCCAUUUGUUGGAAUCUGAGCGGGAAACUCUGGACUCAUGCAGGAUAUUCACCUUAGCCAUCCGCGGCUUUGUUCACUCAUUAACCAUCCCUGCGUCUACGCCGUUGUUGCGCUCUUCUCAUUCAAAUCUGCCAUCAAGUUUGACUUUGAUAUCCCGCCUCUCUUCUCGAAGAGCGGGAACCAGGUUUAAUUCUCGCGGUAUCGACGACGAGGGGAAUGUUUCUAAUUUCGUAGAAACGGAGACCGUCGUAUGGAUUCCGCCAGGCAUAUGUUUCUCGUAUACCCAAGUUCGUGGAUCUCUUCCCAUCUUCUGGGAACAAAGCGUUGCCAUAGGAGGACAGAAAAUUCAAGUUACAAGGUCAACAGGCGCCUCCCAACCCGCGUUCGACAGACAUUUCGACAGUCUGUCCCUAACUUACGGUGCUGUACAUGUAGUAAAUCUACUCACGGAAUUAAAACCAGGAGAGGCAGAUUUAUCGGAACGAUACCGAUAUCACAUUUCUCAGAGCCCAUUGAAGCAGGGUCGUGAUCCUAAUACCUCCUCCGCACAUCAUCUUCUGCGGGCGACGGAUUUCGAUUUCCAUGCGGAGACCAGGGGACCUGCAGGCUACCAAAGCGCAUCCAUAAUUCGACAUCUGAUCCAAGAUUCGGCAGACGCAUUUGCGUUUUUUUUAUGCACAGGUGCCCCCAAGAACGAAAAAACUUUGAUCUCGACAGAUGAUGGAAACGUUGGCUUGACGGUUAUUCUUCAGCAGCAGGGCGUUUUUCGAACCAAUUGCUUGGAUUGUCUUGAUAGGACAAAUCUCGUUCAGACCAUUAUCAGUCACAUGGCUCUUGAAUCGUUUCUUGACCAGCAAGGUGGGAGAGCCUCUGAUGAAUUUUGGAGGCGGCAUUCAACUUUGUGGGCAGACAAUGGCGACAACCUGUCCAAAAUAUACGCUGGUUCUGGUGCUUUAAAAUCCUCAUACACCCGUCAUGGCAAGAUGUCACUCGCGGGUGCAUUUGCAGAUAUACGAAAAAGCGCAGCUCGCUUAUACAUAAACACUUUCACUGAUAGUGCGAGACAAAACACUAUUGACCUCCUUUUGGGCACUCUAACUGGACAGAGCCCCGUGCAUCUAUAUGAUCCCAUCAGCGAUUCCGUGAACAGAGCUCUCAGGCAACGAGUACAAGAGUAUACUUCCUCGAAACUAAUACGGGUAUGGGCUGGAACGUUCAAUGUCAACGGGCGAAGUAAUGGAGCUGAAGGAACAGACCUCUCUCUUUGGUUAUUGCCGCAACUUAACAGUUUACAGGAGGAUCCCUCGAUACUUGCCGUAGGGUUCCAGGAAAUCGUUGAGCUAAGUCCGCAGCAGAUUAUGUCCACUGAUCCCGGCAAUCGCCUGAUAUGGGAGAACGCUGUCAAGGAUACCUUAAAUUAUUACGCUCAUAGCAAAGACGUGAGCGAGUAUGUCUUGCUUCGAAGCGGCCAGCUUGUAGGCACCGCUUUAUUGGUAUUUGUUAAAUCGGAACUGCUUACCGAGAUAAAAGUUGUUGAAGGGAGCGUGAAGAAGACUGGUAUGUCUGGAAUGGCUGGUAACAAAGGCGGAUGCGCCAUUCGCCUACAGUAUUCGAACACACGAAUAUGUUUUGUUACAGCCCAUCUUGCGGCCGGCUUUUCAAAUUACGACGAGCGGAAUAGGGACUAUCAGACAAUUAACCAAGGACUUCGUUUCCAAAGAAAUCGGUCUAUUGAAGACCAUGACAUCAUAAUAUGGCUUGGGGACUUCAAUUACCGAAUUGGUUUGCCUGGUGAUACUGUGAGAGGGCUUAUAAAAGCGGGAGACCUCGAAUCGCUAUAUGAACAUGACCAGCUCAAUCUACAAAUGGUCGCCGGCCUCACAUUUCCCUUCUACUCGGAGGCACGAAUCACUUUCCCUCCGACAUACAAGUAUGACAAUGGCACUGAUCGAUACGACACAUCAGAAAAAGCUCGCACUCCGGCCUGGUGUGACAGGAUUCUAUGGAAAGGCAAAAAUAUUCGCCCACUGGAGUAUGACGCUGCGCCCUUGAAAUUUUCAGACCAUCGCCCUGUAUAUGCAACAUUUGAUUGCGAAAUAAGUAUAGUGAAUGAAAAGCUGAAGGAGCAGAUACGCAUGGAACUCUAUGACGCUGAACGGGAUCGGGUUGCAAAUGGUGGAGCGAUAGACUCAGAGCAUGAGGAAACAGACGAGGAGGAUGACCAGGAUUUGAUAGGGUUUGAUGCCAUCGACCCGCGUCUCCCGCCAGCUAGUUCUGAUCGCCACAGAUGGUGGCUUGACCAGGGUCUCCCUGCCAGGUCAACCUUAAAGCCACCGCCAGGUUUCGUGGCCAACCAACACCGGCCCCCAAAUCCAUUUUCCCCGACCACAGAAUCAGAUUGGAUUCAUAUUUCUUAUCCGGACGCCUCUCCUGCUAGAAGCCAAGUAGAUGGGACUCCAGAACUACCAAAACCAAGUGCUCCACAUCCACCAAGUUCGACGCCAGGUGCUCCUCUGAUCGAUUUUGAAAGCGAGGACGAACCAAUACCAUCUCCAACCGCCUCAGUAUUAAGCAGGAGCUUGUCAGGCUUGGUGAUUGCUAGCAAUGGAGAAAUAGGCGUACCCAAGAAACGAGCACCCCCAGUCCCCACAAAACCCUUAUCUAUGAGUAUGAGCCUGUCGCGUAGUCCGACUAUAGCUGCACAUGCAAAUACAAGCCGCAGCCACAACAAGCAAACACCGUCGACACCAAUUUCCCCAGAAGCCCGGUCGACAGCAAUACGUUCGACCCAGACAGGACCCAGAUCUCCUCUGCCGCAGCGCGAAACGUCGGAAGACGGCAACGCGAAAUUGUCCGCCUCAGGAAGCGCUCGUCGUGCAAACCCGCCACCUGUACAGCCACGAAGGUCGAAGCCUGAGAAGGUUUACAUCGACAACUCCGUUAAUUCCUAAAACAGUGAGCGGAUUGUUGCCUCGGGCCCUAUCUAGACGAUCGGCCACGACUACUGAUCGAUCCAGCCAGUGGCCGCUGGAUCAUUCGGAUGUGGAAGUUGAAGAUGGCAUAGCCCCACGAAAGCCAUUGCUUUUGUAGAGGUGGAUUGAAUAUGGGUGUGUGAUAGAAAGGAUUUAGUUUUAGCAUUUGAAGCAUUAUGUCGUUUUCCCCUCAACCUCGUAAUCUCAUUAGUUCAUUCUCAACCCGGGCUGCUAGCUACGUUGGGCUCUCUAGAACUCCAGUGGAUGGAAGGAGAAGAGGUGUAUAAAUGGGCAUGCAAAGCUGGUGAAACUCUGCGGGGGAAGCUGAGCUAAAUACAAUGAACGCAUAGGGACACUUUAAGCCUUUACUAUUCCAAAGGCCUCUCGCCCAAUGGAGUAACGCAGCUAGAUGCUUAGUUACGUACUGAUUGCGAGGGAGUAGGACUAGCGCGGCAAGGGGGGCAGGAAACGAGAAUGAGCAUUUACAACGUAGAAAGGGGUAUAUACUUCAAACAGUCAAUCAGAGGGACAUUGAUCACAAAUUUUUAGGUUACGGAAUCUCCUAAAGAACUAGAGUGGUUCAGAAGGUGCUCAUAGACAAAUGUUCGCUUGGUGAAGAAAGGGGUGGAACAAAUCUAGGACAUCACCAUGACAUGACCACUCACUUUCGUUUUAUUUUUUUCCGCGUUCUCCUUCGCUUGUGUACGAAGAAGCAAUAACCAUCUUCUAAUGCUGUUGUUCUCUCACACAGCUUUAUUCUCUUUUUUCCCCUUUCAUCAUCUAGCUCUCCCUACAAAUCAUGUGCAAAGAGCUUCUACACACUACAGUAACCUUCAAAGAAUCUUUACAGGAAGGUGGAAGAGAGAGGGGAAAAAAGAAAAAAGCGAAUCCUUCAAGCCUCCUCCGAAUUGACGAUGGAUAGUGGUACACUCUGCAUUCAUUCAAUGGAAGGAGUAAGAUGAGGGUGAGAGUAAAGGGAAGAAACAAAAGAGGGGGGGGCAUAUUAGGUCGCAUGGUAAAGAAGUACAACAACGCUCUACAAGAACCCGGGGAUGGAUAUCAAUGAAAAUAGAUAAAAUAUAUCAAAAACUGACAAAUAUGGUAUCAAAGGCAUAAAAAUCUCAUCAAAAAAGAUAGCCAAUGAUUUUUCAUAAACCACGUCCAAAAAUAAUAAUUAAAAAAUCGAUGCUAAAAAAACAAAAC